CUACCUAUGUGCAAAAACCAACAUGUCAGCGCCCUUGAGCUGCACCUCUCAAAUAACUUCUCUGGCUUUGGCGAUGGUUAGCUAGCUACGAUAAAUGAACAUCCAGAAAAAAAUGAUUUAUGGAAAAUAGUCGUUAUGGUCGAUACAACUGUACACACUAUCCAAAACCCUUCAGAACGUCAUAUCACUUCAAUUAGCUGUCGUUGCGUAGUGCAAAACAAAUCAGCUAGCUAACUAGAUAAUAUGCUAAACAAAUCAACAAAUUAUAAAGAGUAAUAUUGUUCCACUGUUGUAUUGAGCCUUUUAUGCGAACCAUUGUUUAGUAUGGCUUUUACUCAAGCUGUCAAAAUGCACGUAGGGAACGUGUGUGGUCGGUCCUGGAUGUCCUCUUACCAGAGGGGGUCUACUGUCAUGUCCCAAAGACAAAGAGAUUACGGAGCGGUUCUAUGCGGUAGAUGUCAAAAUUCGUCCCAAAAGCUUUGCCCAAAUAGUAGAGCUAUGCAUGCAACUCGGCCAUUGAUGAUUACAAAGUUACUGUCAGUGGACGAGAUCUUUGCCAGAAGAUCACUACAGGAUUACAUCAAGAAGAUGGAGACAGAGUACAGAGAUAGUCUGACAGUUGUCAACAUGACAGAGGGACAGCAGGACGGUGAAGAGGAAUUGAGAGUGAAGAGAACAAGAGUUUCUGUACUAGCCCCACUAAUCCAGUACACCAGAGAGCUUCAGACAAAACAGCAGGAAUUUGCUGAAACUGAAACAUUACUGAAAGAUGACGACCCAGACAUGCGUGACCUGGCAGUCCUUGAGAGAGAGGCUUGUCAGAAAGCGAUUCAAGAUGUUAGACAAAAGAUCCUGUCCCUGUUGAUCCCUGAGGAGGAGUCAGACAUGAGUGACCUGGUCCUGGAGGUCACCGCAGGGGUUGGAGGUCAGGAGGCCAUGCUCUUCACUGCAGAGGUCUUUGACAUGUACCAGAGCUUUGCAGCACACCAGGGCUGGGGGUUUGACAUCCUGGAGUACAUGAAAAGUGAAAUAGGUGGGUUACGUCAUGCAUCAGCCAGUGUCAGUGGUCCUAAGAGCUACAAGAGGAUGAAGUUUGAGGCAGGUGUGCAUCGCGUGCAGAGAGUCCCUAAGACUGAGAAACAGGGCCGAAUGCACACCAGCACCAUGACCGUGGCAGUGCUACCCCAGCCUACAGAGAUCACUUUCACAAUUAAUGCGAAGGACUUGAGGAUUGAAACCAAGAGGGCGAGUGGAGCCGGGGGCCAGCAUGUCAACACCACAGACAGCGCAGUGCGAAUAGUUCAUCUACCGACAGGUGUGGUAUCAGAAUGCCAGCAGGAAAGAUCCCAGCUGAAAAAUAAGGAGAAGGCCAUGAAGGUUUUACGUGCCAAACUCUAUAGUAUGAGGCUGGAAGAAGAGACCAGUAAGCGAUAUACUGCACGGAAAGUCCAGAUUGGUACCAAAGGUAGAUCUGAGAAAAUCAGGACCUACAACUUUCCCCAGGACCGAAUCACAGAUCAUCGGAUUUUGAAAACAGUGCAUGAUGUCAGGGAGUUUCUUGUGGGCGAAGAGCAUCUAGAGGAAAUGAAUUUGGCACUAGAGGAGUUCUCUAACCAGGAGAUUCUCAUGGACAUUCUUGGAGAAAAUAACUCUGAUCAAUAAUAGUCUAUGUGGUAGUUUACAUUAAAUCUAUGAAGCUA